GUCGGGCCCCAAUUGCACUGACCGUGUCGUGCCGUGGCCAUCCGGGCCUCAAGUAGGACCCUGAGUGGAGGCUUCCUUCAAUGCCGUUUUGAAACGGCACUACAUAGUCCCUCCCUCCCCUUUCCUGCGUGUUUGUCCCUCGCUCCCUGAAUCCAAUCAGGACGCCUUGGCUGGACUUUUCCGGCUAGAGGCGCCUCCUCUCUCUCUCUCUCUCUCUCUUUCUCUCUCUGUCUCUUUCCACUUCUGCUUCGGAGACCUCUAGAACCGCCGUCGCCACAGCCUUGGGGUCAAACGACUCCCUUCCCCGCCUCGGACCCCGACCCACGAGGAGCCCACGCCGACGCCUCGCGGAAAGAGGGUCCCGCCGGGAAGGAGGCUCGGUUCGGCUCGGCUCGGGGUCCGCCUGGAUGGCCGUGGCUGAAGGCGGCUGGUGCCUCCUGAAGCGCCGCAGCCCCGACGAGGCGCCCUUCCCCUCGCUGCCGCCCUCUCCCCCGUCGCCCUCCUCGUCCUCGGGCUGCUCCCCGGGCGGCGCCAGGACCUUCAAGCAGGAGCCCGGGGAGGGCCUGCCGGAGGGGGGGAGAGCCUUGCUGGGCCCCUUCGUGCCCCUUCCUCCGCCCUCCUCCUCCUCCUCCAGCUGGGAAGACGUCAUCCUCCUCGCCGACCUCGACCAGGCCAACAAGCUGCUCUGGUCCAGCCGCGCCAAUCCCGGAGCCGCCGCCGCCGCCGAGGACAUGUAUCACCACCACCAUCACCAUCACCACCCUUCGCACCUCCAAAGCGGAGCCUACGAUUCCUCUCCCCCCGGAGGAGGAACAGGGGCUUCUCCUUCCGUGGGGGGCGGCUUCGGGCCCCCGUCGCCUGUCUACGUGCCCACCACCCGCGUGGGGGCCAUGCUGCCCUACAUGCAGAGCCCGCAAGCGCCCUCGGGGUGGCCCGCCCAAGCCGCCGUCGCCUCCGACAGCCCGUCGCCUUCGUACGGAUCUUGCGGGGGAGGAGGAGGAGCGGCAGCCGCGGGGGGACACCCAGGCUCUGGGCGCUUUGCCCCCUACGCCACCGGCAGCCCUCCCGCAGCCAACGGGGCCGCCCGCGAGCAGCUCCGGCCCCUCAACGGAGCCUACUACGGGCCCUACGUGGGCGCCCAAUUCGCCGCCGCCGCCGCGGCAGGCCCGGGAUGGGGGAGCCCCUUCGACAGCUCCCACCUGCUCCACUUCCCCGCCAGAGCCUCCCCGCUUGCCGUCCGAGGACCCGCCACCGCUGCAGAUCUUUUGGAUGAGUUGCAGGAGAGCCGGGAAUGCGUCAACUGUGGCUCCUUCCAGACCCCGCUGUGGAGGAAGGAUGGUACUGGCAACUAUCUCUGCAAUGCUUGUGGGUUGUAUACCAAGAUGAAUGGCCUCAGCAGACCCCUCAUCAAGCCUCAGAAGAGAGUGCCUUCUCAGCGACGACUGGGUCUGUCCUGUGCCAACUGUCAAACUACAACCACCACCCUCUGGCGCAGGAAUGCAGAAGGAGAGCCCGUGUGCAACGCCUGUGGAUUGUACAUGAAACUUCAUGGGGUCCCUCGGCCCCUUGCUAUGAAAAAGGAGGGGAUUCAAACCAGGAAACGCAAACCAAAGAACCUGUCUAAGAUAAAGUCUUGCUCGGGUAAUAAUACCAAUAAUGCUGUUCCUAUGACUCCAACUUCCACGUCUUCUACGAACUCAGACGACUGUAGAAAAAAUGCUUCCCCAAGCGCACAACCCACAGCCCCAGGGGUGGUAUCUUCAGCAAUGCCCACUCGGGGAGACAACGCCAGUCCGGAGACAAAUUCCCUCAAAUAUUCUGGUCAAGAAGGGCUUUAUCCGGGUGUCAGCCUGAGCUCCACUGCAGAAGUGACGGCCUCGGUGAGACAGGAGUCUUCCUGGUGUGCCAUCGCUCUUGCAUGAAUCGGCGACAAGUAAAUGGUGUUGGAGACUUGCACUGGUCAGCAGCCAUCUACACUUGUGUGGUGCAUUUUUGUUCUUUCAAGCAGUCCAAGAAGUUAUGACAAAUGAGGACAGGAACAUUCAUUGCCCCCAACAUAUCUGUGCCUUGAUUCUUGAGAUGUUUACUCCCAGUGGUCUCUGUGUGAUUGUCCAGCUCCUCAGCUAUGCAAGAGACUUGAAGGAGCCUGAACCACUUACGUUCAAUCGACAAAGGAGUGCCUAUCUGCACUAUGGAUAGAUCUUCACCACAACUACCAGUACUGCCUUGUGUAAUUGUGGAUGGGGUAUUCGUUUUACUCCCACUCUCCCCAACAUCCAGGAUCGGACUAAUAUUGACAUGGUUUUGUAGACAAAUUAGGCUUAGCUUGCAUUCUAAAGGAUAACGCAACACAGAACAACUGUGCAACAUGUUCCAAUGUGUGGAUCUUGGACUUCAUGGUUCGAUGUGAUCUCCUCUUGCAGCUCAGUGUUCCAGCAAGCGCCUUCUGCUCACCACACGGCCUUAUCAUUUCUCAGUAGCUUUUCUGAAAUGGAAUUCCAAUGAAGGCCAAUGAAGGAAAUCACAUUCGGUACACCCUUCUCAAGUUAGAACAUGCUAACAAGAACAUACUAUAAAAUACACGUGUUUUUGGUUUUGACUAUACUGUGAUGGAGGAGGAUAAAUAUUUCUAUGUUGUGACUGGACAGUCAAAAUUUCUAAACAGGGUAGCAUUCAGAAUUUUGCCCCUUCCAUUUAUACCAUAAUUUUGUUUUUAUAUAAGUGCAAUUUGUGUUGCAGCAAUCAGUGUUAAAUCAUAAGCAGAAGAUUUAACAGCAGUUUUUAUAUGAAUGAAUGGAAUGAAUGUAAACCUUUUAACUUAAUGGUACGUAAAUAAUUUAAUAGAAAAAAAAAGUUAACCAGGCAUCCUGAUAGGGUUUUUUAUUGCAUCCAAAUGUUCUAUUUCUGUGUUUCUGAUUUUUAAAACAAAACUUCCAAGAACAAAUGUUUUCUCAGGAAAAAAAUGACCCUAGCUGUCUAUCUGGUCAUAAGCUUAUAUAUAGAAGUCAUCCCCACUUUCUUUGCCACUGAAUAAAAUACGUGCUAGAAAAGUAUCAAUUGCAGUGAAACUUGACUACCUAGUGGAUAAAUGUGUAAAUACUCCAACAGAAUUGUAAGGCAUCUUUAAAUGUCUGUAUAAUGUAACCAAGCCAUAUCUAGGUUGGUUGACAUUGAAACAAUAGCAACAAUGGGAUGUCAUGUCAUUUGGACAGUUGUUUUCAUGGGAGGUUUCAAAAUAAAAGGGUUCUGUGUU